AUGCCGAGGGUGGAAAUUGAUGAGGCGCUUUUAUGCUCUAAGAGGGAGAUAGAGGCCCAUUCGUCCAUUCAAAUUUCAAAACCCCGCGAAAUAUCUCCUCCCUCCCUCGCCCGCCUCGCGUCACCUUCCUCUGCCCAACGCCACCCGGCGACGCCCUCUCUCUGUCCAGCGAACCCAGUUACGCUCCUCCGUCUGCCCAGUGCCACCACUCCAGAGGCUUGGUUCUUUCUCUCUCCUAGGGCUAGCGUUUCACACACUUCUUACCUCUCUCUGAGGCUUGGUUCGUAUUUUCUGUCCCUCGGAGAUUCAAAGCCACAGCUGCUUGUGGAGGCUCCCAAGGCGAGCAACGCCAUUCUGUUCUACAAGGCUGCGUUCGGCGCUGAGGAGCUCGGCCGUACCAUGCACCCCAAGCGCAAAGCCGAUCAAGAGCUCCCUCUCAUUCUCUCUACUCAGUUGAAGCUCGAUGGCUCCACCUUUCUCGUCUCUGACCUCACUGAUGACUCUACUGCUCCGUGUUUAGUGCAUUGUCUUGGAGUUGGUCUUCCAAGUCUCUUCAGGUAACCAAAGAGGUGGUUGAGCUUUGUGGCUCUAGUGAACCAUGCAGGCCUGGAGCCUUCCAAGUCUCCAAGUCUUCCAAGUCUCCUCCAAGUCUUGGAGUUGGUCUUUCAAGUCUCCUCCCACUUGCGCACAUGUUAUUCUCUAUUCAAGUCUUUUCCUUUUCACUCCCUUUCACUUUCUUAUAGUUGUUUUUGAAUGAAGUUGAAAAAUAACCCCCUGAUUUACAGGUUAUGGCCAUACAAUAGGUGGCUACAACUCUAAAUAUGGUGUUGGAAUGACAGAGGAUUCACUGAAGAUGUUACUCUUUUUGCAAAGAUUUUGAUUGAAUCUCAAAAUGUCCAUUCAUGUUAUGUAUUUAGAUAGCCACAAUAUUUCUAUAACUGGAAUGACCCUGAAGUUAUGGGAAUCUGUUAUUGUACUUGAUGGCAUUUAUUUC